AUGCGCUGUCUCGGCAUCACCCUGGCCGCGGUGACGCUGGGCGGCGCGGUGCCGUCCGCGGCCGGUCCGCACCCGGGGCCGGGGGUCGUCGCCACCCCGGAGGUGGUGCCGGAGCCGUCAGUGGCCGCGGGCCGAACGUGCGAACCGAUCCGCGUGGAGCUGUGCCGGUCCGCCGUCCGCGGCUACAACAUGACCAUCAUGCCCAACCUGGCGGGCCACGAGUUCCAGAAGGAGGCCGAGGGCCACCUCAGCACGUUCGCGCCGCUCGUGCAGUACGGCUGCUCGUCGCAGCUGCUGCUGUUCCUGUGCGCCGUGCUCGUGCCCAUGUGCACAGACCAGGUGGACCAGGUGGAGCUGCACGCCCACGGCCAGGCCUCGCUAGGCGAAGUGCACGUCGUGGCCAUCGGGCCGUGCCGCGGCCUCUGCGAGGCAGUGCGCUCCCGCUGCCUGCCCGUGCUCCUUAACUUCAGCUACCCCUGGCCGCCGCACCUGGACUGCGCCAGGUUCCCGGCGCACAACAGCCCCGCGCACAUGUGCAUGGAGGGCCCUGGCGAGGACGACGACGCCCGCGGCUUCCCCCUGGUGGUGGCGGCCGUGCCGGAGCACCCCGCCUCGCCCACCCUGCCGGGCGUGCCCACCGGCGCGCUGCCCUCGCGGUGCGCAGAGGCCUUGCCGCACUUCUCCCGCGCCGACAAGCAGAUGGCCGAAGUGUGGCUGUCCAUCUGGUCGGGCCUGUGCUUUGUGUCCUCGGUGCUCGCGCUGCUCACCUUGCGGCUGGGGCCGGGACCGGGCCAGAGGCCGACGCCAGGGCCUUCCGGACGACCCGCAGGGGCGCGAACCUCCGCCGGGCCGUCGCCGUUGGCGAGCCUCGCUCUGAGCUACGGCCUGCUCUCAGUCGGCUGGGGCACCCGCGUCCUGGCCGGCAGGUCGACCUCGGCCUCCGCGCUGGCCUCGGCCGUGGCCGCGGAGUGCGACGCCUCCGACCUGAGGAACCCCAAUUGCGCGGCCGUCUUCCUGCUCACGUACUUCUUCGGCACAGCGUCCAUCAUCUGGUGGGUGGUGCUGGCCGCCGUCUGGUUCCUCUCGGCGGGGCUGCGCAUGUCCCCCGGCUCGCUGCUGCGCCACUCCUACCUCUUCCACCUGGCGGGCUGGGGCGUCCCCGCCGCCCUCACCCUCGGCGUCCUGGUGCUGCGGGACGUCGCCGCCGAGCCGCUCACAGGGACCUGCCAGGUAGGCCCCACGUGGUCCACAGUCUUCGUGCUGGCGCCGCAGUGUGCCUUCCUCUGCAUGGGCCUGCUCUUCCUGGCGCUGGGCGCGCUCACGCAGUGGCGCUCCAAGCCCCCGCCCGCGCCGCAGGCGCUGCUGUGGCCGCUGGCCGCGGAGCGACUAGGGCUGCUGGCAGGGCUGUGCGCGCUGCCGCUGGCCGUGCUGGUGGCCACGCACGCCCUAGAGCUGGGAACAGUGGGCACGGCAUCAGCCGCCUCCAUGCCGCACCUGUCGCUGCGCCUCUUUCAGGUGCGCCUCGUCGCCUCACUCGUGGUGGGCGUCGCGGCGCCCUUCUGGGUGUGGCCCGGCGAGCGUCCCUGGCCGCCGUGCCCGCCCUGGCCGCGCCCGCCGCGCGCCUGGCGGUUUGCUGACCCAACUAUAGGCUCUCAAACGAGCAUCCUAAAAGUCAUGUUUGGUUAA